AUGGCCUGGAACGGCGACGCAGGCUGGACUCGGACCGGGCACCGGCGGCAGGGCAGAGUCUGGGGGCGCACAAACUGCACCGUCAAUGGUGAAUCUUGCGCCUGUCAAACGGGAGACUGCUUUGCCAAGCUUGACUGCGAGUUCAGUGGCGCUGUACCUGCAACUCUUGUAGAGUUCAACCUGGCGGGCGGCGUGAAUGGGAUGCAGACAUUUUACGACAUUUCACUAGUUGACGGCUACAACCUUCCCGUCGGUAUCGAGCACAUUCCGUCCGACAAUACAUCUUUCGUUCCGCCCAACCUUACCAACGCAGCCUGUGUCGCAACAGCAGGCUGGCUGUAUGACAGCUCACCGACGGGCACCUAUUACUCCAACGAAACGUAUCCUAUACCCCUAGAGAAGAAAGAGACAAACGAUAUGCUGUCCAAAUGGUGCCCAUGGCGCAACCUGGCGUUCCCACCACAAAAGCCCAGCGAUGGUAUAUAUCCCUAUCCAGAUGACAAUAUUCAGAGGCCGUCGUUUUCGCCAUGCAAGAGUGCCUGCGCCACGACAGGGACCGACAGAGACUGCUGCAUCGGCAAAUACCACGAUCCAAACAUUUGCAAGCCGUCAAUAUACAGCACAAACGUCAAGGCUGUGUGUCCCGACGCGUACAGUUUUGCCUUUGACGAUCGCAGUUCAACAUUUAUCGUGCCCAAAGGCGGCGGUUGGGAGGUCAUCUGGUGUCCAGCUGGACGAUCGACUGAUAUUUUAAACCAGCUAUCGGCACAGAUGUACGAGCUUGCAAGCGGCGGCCAACUCUCGGAACUUUCAAUGAGGAGACUUGGCAAUGUCUCUUUUGUAAACGCUCGCAAAGAGUACGCUUGUGGGGUGUCUGCUGGUGCGAGCCUGUACUGUCGGCUGCUGAUGCUGUUUGCCGCCUCAUGGCUUGCCUUGAUUAUGGCCUAA